UCAUAACUUUUUAUAUUUUUUAGGAAGACUUUAAUAAUUGAUAUUAAUAUAAAAAACUAUAAUAUCGUAUUUAAUCAUAGAUAAUAUCUUAGUACGUAAGAAGUAAGAACGUAAAGACCUUAGAUCAUAUUAUACAUAUCAUAUACUAUAUAUAUGAUCUAAGGUGAAGACCGUGAAUCACGGUCCGUGAUAUGCAUGAACUAAGAUAUAAUCUUAGUUCAUGAUGAUAUGAUAAUAUACUAAUUAAGGUUAUUUUUACGUGAUAAGGUUUUUAUUUAUUUAAGUUUAAUAAUUAUUAUUUAUUAUCUUAUUAAAUGCCUACCAAGUACCAACUAUAAAGUAUAAACGUUAUGUAUUUACAUUAUAUGAUUUAAUUUAUUAUAAAUAGGUAUGAAAAUUUAAUUGACUUGUUUAAUGUUUACAAACCAUUGAAAUAAUUAACAGCCACAAAUUUUAAAUACUUAAAUAUUAUGUAAAAAUGUAGUUAUAGAUAUUAUACUGUUCUAUAAUAUAAAUGCCUAAGUUUUUUUUCGUGUAAUCAUUAUGUUCCAUUGUAGGUAUCUAUUUAAUUAAUAGAUGUAUAAUAAUAAACAAAAAGCAAUUACAAUCUUAAACUUAGAUUAUGAAAAGUUAAAAAAUUAUUUUUAACGAUUAGUUAAAAAAAAACUUAAGUUUUUGAACAAAGUUAACCUUUUUGACAUGUUGUCGAGAAAAAAUAAAGAUACAAGAACUAUUAAAGAAGGAGUGGUUGGAAAAUAUGUAAAAAAAGACAAGCCACCAGAAAUACCAAUUAUAAAUGUAUGGACUACAGAACCUUUCAGAAAAAAUAACCAUAGUCGGACUAAUGUUUCAGAAUCCCCAAAUACAAAUAAUACAAGCCAACCAAGUGGUUCAGUUCAAAAAUUUGGUAAUGUGAAAAAUACACCAUCUCCAUCAAUGCUAAUUGGCCAUGAAGGGAAAUAUACUCCUAGUAGUUCUGUUCCCGAUUUAGCUCAAAAAUUUGCCAAUGCUAAUUUAUGGAGUAGUUCGCCAGGUAUAGCUGCUGAUCAAUCAAUAAAUGUUAGAAAUUGUAGUAAUAGAUAUAUUUCCAAUGACUGCCACGUUAAUCAUCAAAUAGGAACACAUACUAGUGCCACUUGUUUGCCUUAUCAUUCACACACUGAUUUAGCAGAGUCGUCUGUUAUUUUACAUGGAUUUGGUGACAAUACAAUUUACUCACCAGCAUUAUCACAGUGUUUCCCAACUAUUCAAUUACAGCACAAGAAUGAAAUUAUUAAUACUCAUCAUUCCACCCCAGCCUUACAUAAUAUUGGACAGUCUGUUCCAAUACCUUUACCUUCAGGCGGUGGAGAAGAACUUCCCUUACCUCCUGGUUGGUCUGUAGAUUUAACAUUAAGAGGUCGUAAAUAUUACAUCGACCAUAAUACCAAAACUACACAUUGGUCACAUCCUUUAGAAAAAGAAGGUCUUCCUACUGGAUGGGAACGUAUUGAAAGCGAUGAGUAUGGAGUAUAUUUUGUUAAUCAUAUUUCUCGACAAGCACAAUAUGAGCAUCCAUGUGCUCCACACUAUAUUUAUCAACCAGAAGUGAGAAUUCCAUUGCCACUUUUACCUCCUCCACCACCCAGACCUACGCAUUUCCAUUCUCAUAAUAUGCUUGUACCUGCUAAUCCUUACCUAAAUCAAGAAAUUCCGGUAUGGCUCAAUGUUUAUUCUCAUGCAGCACAAACAUUAGAUCAUAAACUUAGAUGGGAAAUGUUUCGGCUACCUGAACUUGACUGUUUCAAUGCUAUGUUAACUCGCUUAUAUAAACAAGAAUUAGAAGAGAUUGUUAUGCGAUAUGAAGUUUACAGAUCUGCAUUAUUGUUUGAAAUGGAUAGAAGACAUAUGCAAUCACAAUACAUUGAUACAAAUGAAUAUAAUCGUUAUGGACCAGGACUACGUAUUAUUGAUAUAACUAAUGAUAAUCUACGUGAAGUUGCACUAUCACAACAUACAGAAACUAAAGUUUAAUUAUUAAGUAUUUAAAUUUAGUUUUAAAUAAUACUGAUCCAAAUUAUUUUACAAUAUUUUUGUAUACCAUUAUUAUGGUUAAUUAUCUAAUGAUACCAUGAAUUAUAUUAAACUAUCAUUAGGGUUUUACUACAAUACUGUGAUAGUUUAAUUAGUAUUUAAAAAUUUAAUUAUUACUAUUAUGGUUAAAAUAAAAUAUGGAUGAAAUAAAGCCACUAUUAUUUUAAUUUUUAUUAAAGUAUAGGUUUUAUAGUACUUACUAAUUUUGUUGAAAUAGGUGAUAUAUUUUAUAUUGUACUUACUUAAUUAUUGAACACCUAAAUAAAUUAAUGUUGUGACAGCAUAACUAUUUUAUAUUGAGGCACAUAUAUUUUACUCCUAAAGCUCAAUUUUUUUUUAUUUUACCAACAUUUAUAUUAUAAAAUCGUAACCAGAUUAGAAUAUAUUAUUAUCUUAUUCUGUGAUUGAAAUUGUUACAGUGCCUUAUAAUUUUCAAAUAUAUUUAUGAAUAGUUGGAAUAAAAUAAAAAUUUAUCGAUAUUAAAAUCAUCCUCUAAAAUAAAAAAAUAUUUAGUAUUUUUUAAUUUUUUUUUUUAAAUGUCUUUAAAGUAAAAUAUGAGCUAUCAUUAUAUCCAUAUUAUUGAAUUUCAAAGAUGGCUGUGUCACCUUAUUUUUCAGUAUAAAAUAAGAAAAACAAAUUAAUUACUUGGUACAGCAAGAGAACAUGCCAAUUCUGUGCAUCUACACACAACAUCACGCUAUAUUGCAGAGGUCGCCAACUUUUUCAAAUAAGUGAGCCACAUUUGAAAUUUUAAGUCCCUGGUGAUCAACAUCCAGGAGAAUUAGGACUUAAAGAAAAAAUUUGUUCGAUGAACAAAAAAAAAAUAAGGUUUAAGCUCCAUAAAAUAAUUAUAUAUAUUGUUUCUUCAUAAUAAUAGUCAUAAAUUUAUAAUAAUUGUAAAAAUUUACUACGCGAUUGAUCGAUAAUGAUAAAAUUAAAUUUUUUGACAAUUAACCUUAGAAAGAUUGACUGGUUGGCAACCCCUGCUUUAGUGGAACUGGUUUCAGGUGAUAAGUUGUUAUGUGAAGAUACACAGAAAAACCUAUUUUUGAUGUGCCACAAUGUAUUUGUAUUUUUUCGCUGGAUAGAGUAUAGGUUAUGCUGUGUUACAACAUGUUUUUAAAAAUAGACAAUAUUAAAUCAAAUAAAUUAACACUAUUGACAAAUAAAAUAAAAACUAUUUAAGUUAAAAUUUAAAUGGAUUAAAUUUCAAAAUUAUUUAUAUUAUAUUGUUAAUUAACAGGGUAAAAUUUAUUGAAUUUAUUGUUUAUAUGCAUUUUCAUAACUUUAAAUUUGUUUCUAUUUCAUAUUUAGGCAGUUUAACAAUGUUAAAAAUUUAAGUAAAACUUAUUUUAGAUGUAUUUACUAUGUAUAUUUUAUUGUCACAGUUUUAACAUAAGUAAACUGUAAUAAUACAAAAACAAACAUAAAAUAAAAAUGUUUGAAUUUGAUUUAAAUAAACUAAUAUUUAAUUUUUCAA